CCCCCCCCCCCUGUUUCCUCAUCUGAAUGUUUUUUUUUUGGUCUAUAUGUUGCAUAGAAUGAUAGAAGAAACGCCAAUGUUCUGACGAGUGUCCAAUCAGAGUCAACUGAAGCAGAAAAAGAGAGAGAGAGCUAAUAGCUCUGGUGCCACUAGCACUAAUAGUUCUACUAAUUAAGGUUAAUUUAGAAAAACUAUUUUUUAAGAGAUUCCUAUUUUCAUAAGAGAAAAUGAACUUCAUCGGAAAAAUGAAAAACCAUCCGUACGACGAUGAGGUUCCCAAACUAGCCUCCGUUAGUGCCAUUUGCGUUAGAUUUCCUUACCCUGUGGGUACCACAUAUGACAUCAUGAUGUAAACUGAAUACUACUAGAUUUUUCUUUUUUCUUUCUUAGCGGUGCAAGUGGGAGAGUAGUGCGUCCAGACUGAGAUCAUGCUGGCUAAAACAAACAAAGCGAAAUCCAAGAGAGAGAGGGGGAAAAAUGAUGGCUACCGUCGUUCGGAAUCGGAAUCAUCAGUCGGGAGCAAAAUGCAUUCUGCACCAAGCGGGAUGCUUUGUUUUUAGGUCUCUCCAAAAGCAGGCACCCCCAGGCUUUCCUUGCUUUAUUAGCCCACAGGCCGGUUACACUGAUUUUUUUUUUCUCUCGCAAAGUCACACACACGGCUGACGACGUUCCUGAACAGCACACACGUCAGCACAGUCUCUUUUGGCAGCCCAUGACGCCACGGUGAGCUCUGCAUCAGGUCUCCCUUGGCCUUUGGCUGAGACCGGUCCUCUGAUAGUUGACCUCCUAACGGAAAGUAGCCGAGAGCCUUGUUUGUCAAAUAGUGCACUGGCAGCCACCCCACCCCUGCUGUGCCUGGUGCUGAGUUGAACGAAGCAAGUGGCGAGUGGUUUGUGUGUGCGCUGCGCACCACCAGCGUUCAUCACUGGCUAAGCCACAUGCAGACAUUCCCUUUGGUUCUGUUAUGACAUUUCCUUUUUCAUCAGCAUCACACUGAGCACAUACUACAUACAACUUGCAGGGAUUUGUUCUUUUUUUUUUUUGCACGGCAUGGUUGAUUGGUUGGUUGUACAGCAUUAGAAUUGCGUCCCUGAUAUAUUACCUACACGCGUGGCGGAAACCACUGCACACGCACUGACGCACACUGGUGUUCCGGAUACUUUGGAUGGUGGGGUUCAGCUACUACAGAGAUGACGAAGGGCGGCGACCACUGCUUUUUAUUUGCAGGGUUGGUUCCUGUGUGCUGGAUGGAGGGAGCAGAGACCAAACUAACUAACCUGCCUUUGCCGUAAAAGCCUCCAAUAAUUGAGGGGGGGCAUCCAAUCCAAUCCAAUCCAACCCCUCUUUUCAUUCUUUUGGCCAGCCAAAGCCCAUGACGAGAGGAGCCCCUGCCCCACCACACACACACGCUAUGUACGAUGGCUGAUGAGCCGAUCGCCGUCACUGUCGCCACACUCACCUGUUUAUUAACCUCUGCUACUGAGUAAUGGCUGUCCUUGUCGUCCUGUCCUGUCCUGCCAAUCAAGCUAAGGGUAGAGAUGCAUACUUGGCCGGAUAGCGCCACCGCCGGUCGUCGUCGGCCGGUGGUGCGUACCUGGCCGAGCUAGGCCAGUCAUGGUGCGGCUAGCUACCUUACCGGCCUAUCGCGAGUAGAUCGGCAUGCACACGAGACCUUAUCCUGCGUACUAUCAUGUACAUGUUGCUGGUCAACCUGCCACGCACCACGUCGUCCCUGCACCAGCUACAGCUCCCCAGUUCCCAUGCCGCUGCGCUGCCUUUCCCGAUCCAGUCCAAGGCAGCUGUUAUGUCGUGUCCGUGGACGACCAUAGGGUUUUGAGACUGGUGCGCGCCGUCACGUCAUCUCAGCGAGCGCGCCACGCACCCAUCAUCAUGCCAUCAUUUGUCAGCCUCCGCUUUGCCCAAAGUGGUCGCCGGCCGGCGGGCGCCCGCACUAGCUUGCUUGGAGAGAGCAGAGCAUCGCAUAUUUUUGCCUUUUGCUUGGCGCUGCCGCUGCCUGCGUGCACGGUGCACCCAUUCCAUUCCGAGUUGGAAAGAAAGAAAGCCUAGCCUGCUGCCUUUUCCUUCCUUUUUUCCCCCACCCUCCUUCUUUUCCAUACUCUACUAUUGCAUAGUAGCCUUCAACAACGGUGCUGGUGCUCUGUCGGUCCGUCUGUCGUUACUCACAGCGCUUCCCGGCCCGCCGGCUCUUGUUCUUGUCUCUGUUUGCCCCGUGGCCAGCUCCGCCUCGCCGCCGCAGUACAUGACGCCGGCGGCGUCGCCCGCGCAGUUCGCGCCGGCGCCCCUCAGGAUGGGGUACGGGCGGCCGGCGCCCGUGAUGGGCAUGUGGAGCAGCGAGCCGUUCAAGGUCGACAGCGGCGGGCACGCCACCUGCAGCGCGUCCACCGUCAUGGAGGCGGACACCAAGCUCGAGACAAGCAGGCUACAAGAUGUUCCACAGGUAGCACUCGAGCCAGAGAGGAGUACGGAUCAGGAAACGAGCAGGCCGCCAGAGAGGGUACGUACGGUCAUGAGAAGGCUCGCGCAGAACAGGGAGGCUGCUCGGAAGAGUCGCCUGCGGAAAAAGGCCUACAUCCAGCAGCUAGAGACAAGCCGGAUGAAGCUGGCCCAGCUAGAGCUGGAGCUUCAACGGGCUCGACGGCAGCAGGGCGCGUACGCAAAUGGGAGCAUGGGAGACCCAGCUCUCGGAUACACAGGGUCGAUCGAUCCAGGCGUCGCCGCGUUCGAGAUCGAAUACAGGCACUGGGUGGACGAGCAGAAGCGGCACACGGCGGAGCUGAUGUCGGCGCUCCAGGGGCAGCAGACGUCGGAGCUGGAGCUCCGCUUGCUGGUGGAGACGGGGCUCAGCAACUACGAGCACCUCUUCAGGAUCAAGGCGCUGGCCGCCAACGCGGACGUGUUCCACGUCAUGUCGGGCGUGUGGAAGACCCCCGCCGAGAGGUUCUUCCUCUGGAUCGGCGGGUUCAGGCCGUCGGAGGUCCUAAAGAUUCUGAGCCCGCAGCUGGAGCCGCUGGCGGAGGCGCAGCGCAUGCUCGUGGGCGGCCUCCAGCACACGUCAACGCAGGCGGAGGACGCGCUGUCGCAGGGCAUGGAGAAGCUACAGCAGAACCUCGCCGAGAUCCUGACCGCCGAGGCUGACCCCUUCGGGGCCCCCGACGCCUACAUGCUGCAGAUGGCCACUGCGGUGGAGAAGCUGAAAGAGCUCGUCAACUUCGUCACCCAGGCGGACCAUCUCCGGCUGAUGACGCUGCAACAGAUGCACAAGAUCCUGACGACGCGGCAGGCGGCCAGGGGCCUGCUGGCGCUCGGCGACUACUUCCAGCGCCUCCGCACGCUGAGCUCGCUGUGGGCGGCGCGCCCGCGGGAGGCGGCGAUUAGCUAGAUGCCCGCGGUGUGGGUGUGGCCAGCCAAAGGCCCACCAAAGAACACGACGACGACGAAUAGUAGCAGUUCGCUGUAUACUUUCCCAAGCUGUAAAGUCCAGUGGAGGACGAAAAAAGCGACCUCACAGUCACUGGGGUUCGGUUCCGACGAAAGGAUGCAAGGCUUUUAAGUCAAUGGCGGUGUCUCCGCAGCAGCAGCAGCAGCAGCAAGCGGUGUGCGUUUGUCAAGCGAAGCGACUAGAGAAUAAAACGGAAAUGGAUUGAGGCCUUCUCUAUUUGACGGGCGGAAGACGUGUACAUAUAUUGUUUUGCCACCCGGCCGUGGCCUUCUAGAGAGGCGUAUGAUUCAUGAUGCAGGCCAUACUAGGAUCAUAUUUGUACGUGGUGGAACCGAGAGCAAAACAAUAUUACAAUAGUUUAAAUUAGGG